AUGGAAACGGAUACCCCGGGAGAGGAUCCCCGCAAGAAGCUCGCUGACAGCAUCCUUGAAACUGGCAAGCGGGCAUUUGAUCCAUCAGCCGACACGGUCUCGAAAGAAGCCGCCCAAAGAGAGUUCCAGCAGCUCAUCGAUGGGAAUAACUCUUGGAACCUAUUACCCGUUCUGAAUGCCUUGAUCAAGCCCAAGGCCGCGCCAGAAUGGCUCCGUCCAGAGUUGAUGAAGAUUCUGACUGCGAUCCCUCUGCGACCUGAUGGUGUUCGAGGCACCAUGGAGUUCAUCUUCUCAGUGCAUCCAAGUAGCACUCUCAAGGCUUCCGAGGCUGCCACUCCACAGAAGCAGGGCGCCAACAUCACCCAAGAAGCCAUGGCUGUCGUCACUCGGAUUCUCACCUCGCCUCCCAGUAACGCGUUGCCGGAAGACUGGUUCUCUGCAGUUGGGCCUCAGCUCAUCACCCUUUUGGACGGCAAGGAGGGCCCUGAGCUCACCACGGCCGCGGCUCAGAUAAUCAUGUUUGGUGUGUUGGGGCGCAGACAGUUUGGCGCGCCAGGUUCACCAGGUUGGAACACCUUCGUCGAGCCCUUGUUAUGCAACCUGAAUCCAUCUCGAAAGGCAACCGAAGAGACGCGCGUCAAACAAGAAGAAGAUGCCGACAUUACUGCUCUCAAAAUCAAACAAGAAGACAGUGACAUUGUCGACCUAAGUGGCCAAGGCGUCCUGGUCACUGCCGAUGACUUGUUCGUGACUUUCAAACGCAUGCAUUCUAUGAUCAAUUCUACACCGUACCCAGCACAGACCAAGCGGAUGCUGGAUCCCGUCCUCCUUCAGUUAUGGGCAGUUUCUUGCUGGGGCGAUACAAGUUCAAGAACUGAGCAGCGAUACUCGAAACCGGCCCGUUCGUUACUUCAUACCUUUUUGAAGUUAAGCGCUUCUAUCACCAAGCUGCAUGCCAUCAUCGAGAACCUGAUGUACAACGGAGAAUCUGCCGAGGGCAAGACUCCAUGGCAAUACCAGACCACCUCAGACGGCGAUCUAGAGGUUGUUGCCACCUCACUUGGUCAGGCCACGCAACUCCCGGAGCUGAACUGGAGCGACAUCCAGAAGCGAGCAGGAGCUCUCGUCAGACUCAUGACCGCGAGUUGCACCCCGGACGAAAUAUCCGCUUUCUUCUUGGAGCUCCUGAGCCGGUGGUUCCAGUCAACGAAUGCCGCAAGAAAGCCGGAAAUCCUCGUUCGCCCAGAAGAGGAGAAGCCCGAGAACGAAAUCAGGAAGCUUUUGGAAAUCACAGUCUUGCAGAAGAUGCUAGAUCAAACGCCGGACAAGCUCAUAACCCGCGUCAUGCAGGUAUUGGAGCUCGUGUGCCAGAUUCUCGAUCCAAGCAGCCUACAGGACCAGUCAGACGAUAUUCUUGCUGUGGCCUUGAGUUUACUUCACUUGGUCAUUACCUCACCAAGCUUUAAGAAGUCCAGCAUGAAGCCGGAGGUUUCUGAGACUUUGCAAACCUCUCUCGAUAGACUCAGCACGGCUGGACGGUCGGAUGUGUCUUCUACCGCAAGGAACAUGGCCCUUCUACUUCAUUAUCGCGAUGAAAUCGACCCUGACGAGCAAGACGCAUUCGUGCCCACUGACAGGCAAGUCGAGGACAGAAAGUCGUACAAGUUGGCUUUGGAGUAUAUCACUCAAGCUGAUAACCCGCCGCCUGUCCGCUCCGAAGGACUCAACAUCAUCUCGGGAUUGGUGACCUCGGGUAGUUCCGUCUUGGAUAUCCAGUCGACACUUGUGCUUCUCUCGUCGUUGCUUCAAGACGGCGAAGAUUUCAUCAAUCUCCGAGUCAUCAGACUCUUUACACAGCUGGCGAGCAAACAUCCCAAGGCGGCUACUCAGGAAGUUCUCGAGCAUUACCUGGAUGCGAAGGAAACGUCAUCGACGGAUGUUCGUCUUCGCUUUGGAGAGGCCUUGGUCCAAGUGGUUGAGCGUCUCGGCGAGACAUUCACAGGCGACGUCGCGAAAAGGGUCGCUGAGACGCUUCUUUCAAUCGCCGGACGAAGAGGGUACCGGCCAAAGACAGAGGCCAAGCAGGCUCGCGAGAAACGCCUGCAAGACAUGAGAAAGAAGCAGGCAGAAGAUGCCUGGGGAGGUGAUGUCCCUGACCUUGGCGACGAUGUUACCGAGGAAGAGCAGGCGAAGAAUGAGAUCCUGACGCAAAUCGUGGAGGGAUGGGAAAGCAAAAGAGGAAGCGAGGAUGUCAGAAUGCGCACUUCUGCCUUGUCCAUCUUUUCUACCGCCCUCGAGACAAACAUCAGGGGAAUCGGUCCUGACUUGGUGUCCAUUGCGGUCGACCUCUGCGUCAACGUGCUUACCCUUGAACGGGAGAUCGAGACGGGCAUUCUUCGGAGGGCAGCAAUACUGCUUGUUUUAGGAUUUGUCAGAGCGCUCGACGACGCCAAGCAGACUGGCAGGAGACUUGGCUUCGGCUUGACGGAUCAGAGUCGGGAGGACAUCAUGAGGACGCUGAAGUACGUCGCCGUCACUGACAAUGAUGGAAUGGUGCAACAGCAUGCCCGUGAUGUAAUCGAAAGCCUGGAGAACUGGCAGCUCUCUACUCUCCUGCCGCAUCAGAGCUCAGAGCCGGGCAUUGGCCAAUUGGCUGGCCUGGCCAUCGACCAGGACCGAUCUUUUCCCUCUGUCAAUACCAAACGGCCUAGGAUAGAAGAGAUUGAAUAA